AUGUCUCGGCACAACAGCCUGGAGCGUACGAAAUCGCAAACGUCGAGCUAUCAUGAUCCCGAGUUCGUCCCCGAGGUUCAUCUCAGUCCUAUCACCUCUCGCGCUUCACGGAGAGACACCGAGGCUAUCGGCGAGGGGAAUGAAGGACUGAGCGAUGCCGACACACGAUCUACGAGAGUGGCUCCGGAGAUGGGGGAGAAGGAGUACAUCGAGGUCACAUGGGACGGGCCGGGGGACAGAUGCAACCCGCUGAAUAUGAAAGCGUGGAGAAAGUGGUUGGAGCUUGCUAACGCCAGGCUUAUGGUCGCGAUCCUCUCGUUUUCUUGUUUGUGCAUCACAUGCUGCUCCUCGAUGGCGGCGCAGACGUACCCGGGCAUGAGCAAGGCGUAUCACAUCUCGGAGCUUGUUUGUGUACUGUCCAUCUCCUGCUUCGUCAUGGGUCUCGGUACAGGUCCUUGUGAGUGUCAAUCUCUUUCAGUUCUCUUGCCUGCGCAGCAACCCUUGCUCGUGCUCGACGGCGGGGAGGAAGACUAUACGCGACCUCGCCCCAUUCCAUUGCUAACGGCAGUGCUUCUGGGUCCGGUCUCUGAGUUUGUGGGCCGCGCCCCGGUACUUCACUACGGGUUGCUCAUCUUCUUCCUGUUCAACUUUCCUGUCGCAUUCUCCACGACGCCAAGCGUGCACUUCAUUUUCCGUUAUCUCACGGGUUUCGCCGGUUCUGGUUUCCUUUCCGUCAGCGGCGGUCUCGUGACGGACGUUUUCGAGAACGCUGCCGUCGCGACACCCAUGACAAUCUGGUCCAUCUCACCGUUCAUGGGUCCCAUUCUCGGCCCAUUGAUUGCUGGUUUCAUCAACUAUAACCAGCCCGACUGGCGGUGGACGUACUACGUUGUGAUCAUGUGGGCGUUUGUCUGCUUGGUUGGAUUGUUUAUCUGUGUCCCGGAGACGUUUGCGCCGAAACUGCUGGAGAGGAAGGCGAAGAGGAUGAGGAAGGAGACGGGACAGAACUACCGCGCUCCCAUGGAACUGAAGCAGGAGACGUUCGUCAUGGCCCUGAAACGAAGCAUCAAGACGCCGUUCAUCCUCCUCGCGACCCAACCCAUGGUCCUCCUUCUCGACCUCUGGUCUGCCCUCUUGCUCGGAAUUCUCUACCUUUCCUUCGGAGGCAUUCCCUACAUCUUCCGUCACCAGUACGGUUUCAACAUGCAAGAGUGUGGCCUGGCGUUCCUCGGGAUUGGCGUCGGCCAGCUCAUCUCCGGUGCUACGCAGCCCUACUUCAACAGGUACUAUGCGCGCGUCGCCUCGCGCUCUCCCGACGGCAAGGCCCCUCCCGAAACCCGCCUGUACAUGGGCGAGUUCGGUGCCGUGCUUGCUCCCAUCGGCCUUCUGCUUCUGGGCCUCACGUGUUUCAAGAGCGUGCACUGGAUGGUGCCCAUCGUCCUGUCCAUGUUCUUCGGCACUGGACUGGUGUACGCUUACAACGCUACCUUUACCUACCUUGUGGACGCAUACAGACCUGUGGCUGCCAGUGCGCUCGCGAGCAACUCGUUCAUGAGGAGCAGCUUUGCGGCUGGCUUCCCCCUGUUCGGAAACCAGAUGUACGACCGCCUCGGACCAGUAGGCGCGACUUGUUUGCUUGCGGGGCUGCUGUUCUGUUGUACGCCAUUCCCGUUCGUGUUCAAGCGAAUUGGUGCGAGGAUUAGGGCUAGGUCCGAGUUUGCGGCGGCCUAG